AUGGCCGACGACCCAGAUGACUACGAAGAUGUCGUCUUCACUGAGACAGGAGUGGACGGACAAGAGGAGUCACUCUUCGUGGACGACGAUGGAACCCCUCAGGUGGCAACCACACCCGAUCUCCGCAACGACAGUCCAUUGUUCGUGCCCAGCAGCGCCAGUCCAGCCCCCUCGGCGCACACAGCACAUACCUCUGCCAGCGAGGGUGACAUGCUGCGCACCGCUCUCCGGAACAGCGCAAGCACAGUCCCUGAAGACCAGGAGCUUGAGCUGGAAGAAUCCGAUGACGAGGCUGUGACUUCCGAUGUUGAGUCGGAGGCUCUUGCUCCGCUCAGAUACAACCGCCGAAGCACCAAGAGACCACCGAAGCGCAAUCAGCCUAACAAGGGCCGCCGCGGUGGCGGUCGUGGAGGAGGAGGAGGAGGAGGAGGAGGACCAGGCGGAGGAGGAGGAGGACCAGGCGGCGGUGGUGGAGGAGGUGGAGGAGACGAGUCAGACGACGACGACGACGACCCCGAUGAUCCCAGGCCCGAAGAGCCCAAAUGGGAGAAUGAGCACUCUCUCGAAGACUUCCGAGAGAUUUAUGAUCAGCUCGACGCAUGGCACAAUCGACAAAACGGACGUCUCAACGCACGCCACCGUGCCAGAGAGUUAGCAUUGGAACACCGAGUCCAACAGGUUGAGGCUCAGAAAGCACAGCUUCAGACCCGAAAUUCACAGCUUCAGGCCGAGAAAGCACAGCUUCGGGCCCAGCUUGCGGGACGACGGAGACCAGCCCGUACUAAUAUCACAUGGAAACACAAGUUUGCCAACUUUAUCAACAAAGGGGAUGGCAAUUGGAUGGAGGUGUGCAAAGACGCUUAUAAAGAGCUGAACAUUUGUCAAGAUUUGAAAUCGGUCCAUCCAGGUAUCGAUUUCACGGCCCCGAGCUACAGAGACAUCGAAAGGCAUGAACUUGCGGUUGAACGGUAUAACGCAACGACCGCGGAACAGAGCACUCGUGAUGUGGCCGUACCAGGUCUGGACAAAUUGCCACCGGUCAUACUCACGCGGAUUCUAGACCACAUACUCGUGUUCAACGACAACGUCCAUGUCAUCUCAAGGCCCGACCCACAUCAUGCGCCCAUCCUCCAAACACACCAGCAAGGUCGCCGCGUGACGGCCGACGAGAUGGCCAUUCCCCGCCGCUUCUUCAUUGGCAGCGGCAAAUGUUCAAUCACCUAUGCCAUCCGGCCAAGGCAUUUGCUGGCAGCUUUCGGUGUCAAUCGUCGCUGGAACGCUUUGGGCACGGCCAUUUUCUACGGCAAUAACGAUCGCUUCUCCAUGGGAAUUGGCAACAUCUUGCAGCACAUUGGGCACAUUUCUUUCUUAUGGAAAGGCACACAAUGUCUCAUCUUCCCGCGGCAGUAUGAAACACUCAAGAACGGCUUGAAAGGCACCACUGCCAAGUAUGCGUCGAGGCGUACCCACGGUCUGGGCCUCUUACCUCAGGCAAUCCGCCUCAAAACCAUCCGGAUCCAUGUCCAGGAAUCUUCAGAGAAGUGCAUACGUCGCCAGCAUGAGACAGGAGGUGCUCGACGCUACAUGAACGACAUGACUGUAGGACAGCCGAACAACCGCCGCAAGCGGAACCUCAAGACUUUGCAGGGCGUGGAUAACUUGGAGUGCCUCCGAGGCGUGAAGUGGAUACAGCUUUUCGACUUUGAUCACUGGCUUUGCAGAGGCAAACUGGUCCCCGUUUGUGACUUCUCCUUUGUUCAGUGCGUGCAGAGCCAAAUCUACCGACACAAGGAUGGCGAGGCACAGGAACUAUCGGAGAUGAGUGGAAUACAUCCCACUCUGCUGAGCUAUCGACUGUCACACUACGAAUGCGCAAUACUGGAAGAUAUCAGUGCAUACCACACGGCGAGGAUUAUCAAAGAGGAGCAAGGGCCUCAUCCAGGGCCACCGCCUGCCCCGGGUAUGGUGCCCACUGGAUUGAUCACCAUCAAUGACAGCGACGAAAAUGGCAAUACCGACGACAACAUCACGAGCGUCAGCGAUGAAUCAGACACCGGAUCUAGCUCUGAGGAGGAGGAUGACGCAGCAGCUAAGACACCGACCCAGUCCGACCCUAGCUACCACACGCAGCCAUCAAGCGUUGAGCCAGAAGGAGCUUUCGGAAGCAUAGAGAGUCCAUUGGUUAUCUUGGACGACGACAGCGACGAGGAAAGUGAAGAUGAAGAUGUUGAGGGCGUCGAGAACGCGGAAAGGCUCGACGACAACAGCGGCGAGGAGAGUGAGAAUGUCCACAUGGGAAACGUCGAGAACACGGAAACCCUCGAGAUUGAAAGCGACGACGACAUCGUAUCGAUCGCGGAUGAUGCCGUCGGCAAGCGCUUCGAUAGUGCUAUUGGAAUGUCCAUGGAUUCAACGGCUGGCAUUAUUGGCCAAAGCCCUCAGGAUGAAGGCAGUCUGUUUGUCCCCCAGGGCAUUGACUUGGACAGCGACGACGGCUACGACGGACAAGACGAAGACGGCGAUCAUAACAUGGCUGAUGGCGUUUGA